AUGGAGAAAAAGCUCACAAGGGUUUCCAAAGCCUGUGACUUCUGCCACAAAAGAGCCCGUAAAUGCAAGCUACCAUCGGCAGAGGGAUCGCUCUCAUGCCUGACGUGUAUCGAGCAUGACGUGGCGUGCACAUGGACCCGGGUGACGGCCAAGCGAGGUGUCAAGCCUCGGUCGGGCAAAUUAGCCCAGAACACGAAUGAAUCUUGUGUUGUUGGUCCGUGGAUAUACGAUGAGCGGAUCCACGGCCCGAGGGACACUAUCCGCGCGCUUAUAGACACGUUCUUCCAGACCGUGUAUCCUGUUCUGUCUCAUAUCAAGGAUGGUGCUGUCUUGCCAUCCCGAGAAGAGGCACUCACCACGGCUGCCCCAGCGACAGGACUUCUUUCUGUCUUUAUAGACAACGCCGAGCGUAGCAUCCCAGCCCAUGUUCGUGGUCGAGACACCUUCAGAUACCUCCCCACUAUCGCGUCCCUCGUCCUGGUCGCCUUCCAAACCAGGCACUCCUCCCUUCACCACCGCUACCUAGGUCUCUUCCACAGUCUCAUAGCAGAGCAAAACCUACACGAGGAAGUCAACUGGCCGUCAACGCUCACGGAGCUAGAGAGGCAGAGAUAUCGGCGCAUCUUCUGGUCUAUGUAUCGCCUGGAAGUCCACUCGGCCUUGGUCAUGGGCCAUGUGAUUCGAUGUCCUGAGCAGCAGACCAUGGUUGCAUACCCUAGCGAUGGCUCACAACCCGCAGAAGGAAACUGGCUUAUCGGUUGGAACUUCGUGACAGACCUGUAUCGAUCGCUCGAGCAUGUCAUUAACCACUACCGAGUCAAACGGGCCGGCCGGACGGUGGCAGACGCUUACAGCUCUCGUCUCCCACCGCGAGAACCUCCAGCUCUCAACAUAGAGACAAUACUGUCUACUCUUCAAGAUGGACUGGAUUCCCUUCCAAGCGACAUGUUGACCGCCCUGCCGCCUUCUGCCAACGACAAGGCGAAUCUGUCUGCUAAAAACAUUGUGCUUUGCCUGCGACCCCAUGACAUUUACGUCGGCCUGUACGGCAGCUCAGCAGAUGAUCAACAGCAUCUCCAAGGUUCCAAGUGCAUAUCUUCGAGCCAUUGGUUCGUGUAUGUUCCAAGAACUGUCUGGAGUUGGGCAUCUACUCAGCGGAUUCAUCAGUCGGCCUCUGUUGUGGACGGAGUACCAAGAGCUACGCAGCCUAAUUAUGUCAAUGUCUACCUUCCUGCGGGAAAUGGACAAUUCAACAGCGAGUACGGCCAGUCUACUGCUUUCACAACACGUUGA